ACGGGACUUAGGUAGAUACUAAGUGAUAAGCUGCUGCUGAGUGUUACACACACUUCGAUUUCGGUUUCGUAUAAUUGAUUUUUACCGCGGAAAAAAAAAUGCUGUUCGCCUUUCUAGGUUUAGUGAUAUGGGUUUGCCGGCUCAUAUUGGCCGUACCAUUUCCGGAAGAUUUCAUUUUCGGUGUUAGCACGGCGGCUUAUCAAAACGAAGGGGCCUGGAAUACCAGUGGAAAGGGACCGAGUAUAUGGGACACUUUAACUCACGAACGUCCCGAACUUAUUUUGGAUCGGAGCAAUGGAGAUGUAGCCGACAACAGUUACAACAAGUGGGAAGAAGAUAUUGAAUUGCUUAACGACUUGGGUGUUCAAUUCUAUCGUUUCUCAAUAGCAUGGACCCGAAUAUUUCCAGAUGGCGAACCCAUCAAUCCCAAUCAAGAGGGCAUAAAUUUCUACAACAACUUUUUGGAUCAACUAACUUCCAACGGUAUACUUCCGAUGGUUACCAUUUUCCACUGGGACAUUCCGGAGAGCUUGCAAAAGAUGGGAGGUUUCAUGAACCCACGAAUAAUCGAUUAUUAUACGGCAUAUGCGAAAGUUCUAUUCGACCACUUCGGAGAUCGCGUUAAAUAUUGGAUAACUAUCAAUGAACCUAAACAGUAUUGUCAGGAAGGUCACGGGGAGGCCAGUUACGCUCCGGCAAUUAAUAUUUCAGGAGUAGCUGAUUACCUCUGUGGCCACAAUAUCAUAAGGGCCCACGCUGCAGUUUAUCACAUGUAUGACGACUACUACAGAUCUCUUUAUGAUGGUGAAGUUGGAAUAAGUCUAAGUGGUCAUUGGUUCGAAGCAUACACAAGGGACGACGAAGAUGCUGCUGAAAGAAUGAGACAGUUUUACGUGGGUUGGUGGGCAAAUCCCAUAUUUUCAUCCGAAGGAGAUUAUCCAAAGGUAAUGAAAGAAUUCAUAUCCAAAAGAAGUUCACAACAAGGUUACCCGUGGUCACGGUUACCAGAAUUUACGGAAGAUGAAAUCAAUUACAUACGAGGAACUGCCGACUUCUUUGGUUUUAAUCACUAUACCACCUUCAUGGCACAAAAUGCUGAAAGCGACGAUUUGACGGUAUCUUACGCGAAUGAUCAUCAAGUAAUAUUCGCUUCAGACCCCACCUGGGCCAGAGGUGCAUCUGCAUGGCUUUCAGUGGUUCCUUGGGGUUUUCGCAAAUAUCUUAAAUGGAUUAAGGAUACGUAUAGUAGUCCGAUCAUAUACGUUACAGAGAAUGGAUUUUCAGACCACGGAGGCCUUCAUGACCCCGAAAGGGUUCAGUACUAUAAACAAUACAUGGAAGCACUACUAGAAGCUAUCUAUAUUGAUGAAGUUGAGGUGAAGGGAUACGCCCCUUGGACCUUAAUGGAUAACUUUGAAUGGUUUGAUGGUUACGUAAAUAGAUUCGGACUUUAUGGAGUGGACUUUAGCGAUCCUAAUCUACCAAGGAAACCGAAGGAUUCGGCAAAGUACUACAAAGAAGUUAUAAAAUCAAGGCGGCUAGUGUAAAAUUCAUAUCAUCAUCAAUCGCGUAUAUUUCUAAUCUCACUUUAUCGAGUUUCUUUAAAUUAAAGAGUAGCGUUGUUAGGAGACCGAUUUGUACGCAUUGCAAAAUCUGUUAAGUUUAAACUUUGAAAAAAUAUGUAUAUAAUAUAUAUUUAUAAAACGAAGUGAUAGCUUUUUUCUUCGCUCCAUAGUGAUUUUUUAACAGCAAACUUCUGCAUCGUAUUAAGAAAAAAGCAUGAAAAAGUAGUAACAGUAUUAAAGGUAAAUUUAUAUGG